AUGGUCUCGAGAAUUGUCCUUGAAAACGCGCCUGUUAAGGCUGUCAACUUAGCCUGGGGCCAAGAAGACUCUACUUUCAAGUUGGUCGAUGCUGAAGUCCCAGCCGUCAAAGAUGGUGAGUUGAGAAUUAAGCCUUUGUACCUCUCCAACGACCCUACACAAAGAGGCUGGAUCGCUGCAGGCCAGGACCCAAAAAGAUCUUAUGUGCCUCCUAUCUUGAAGGGCGAGCCCAUCAGAAGUCUUGGAUUGGGAGAGGUGCUCGAGUCCAAGAGUGACAAAUACGUCGUUGGCGACGUUGUCACCGGCUUGCUCAACUGGUCCCAGGAACUUGUGAUUCCAGAGGCCAGCGUCAGCACGAAAAUCGACAAGCUGCUUCCUUACGAAUGGUACUUGUCUGCCAUCGGACUCACCGGUUUGACUGCUUACUUCGGCUUGAAGAAGGUCGGCCAAUUGAAGGAGGGCCAGACUGUGCUUAUCUCCGCUGCGUCGGGUGCCACUGGCUCCAUGGCCGUGCAGCUUGCCAAGCACUUUUUCAAAGCUUCGAGAGUUGUCGGAAUUGCCGGCUCGGCCGACAAGUGUAAAUGGGUCGAGUCCUUGGGUGCCGACUACUGUGCCAACUACAGAGACGCCGACUACCAAAAGAAAUUGGACGAGUUUAUUGGUGACGAGCACUUUGACGUGUACUUCGACAACGUCGGUGGAGAGAUGUUGGACUUUGCUUUGAAGCGCACCAAGAGAUACGGCCGCGUCAUUGCUUGCGGUGCCAUUUCUGGAUACAACGACAGAGCCAAGUUGGCCGUGAACUCGUGGACCGAGAUCAUCAGCAACCGUUUGACCGUGCAAGGUUUCAUUGUGUUUGACUUUGCUUCCGAAAUCCCUGAGGCUGUUGGCGACAUUGUUAGCGUCAUCAAGGCAGGCAAGGUGAAGCCAGAGGGCGGUGUGCAUGUGGAGGACUUGUCUGGCCUCAAGAAUCCUUUGGAGAAGGUUCCUGAGGUGUGGUUCAGAUUGUUUACCGAGGAGAAGCCUCAGGGUAAGUUGUUGACCAAGUUGGCUUAG